AUGUCCAAACGAAAAUACGGUAAUCAUUCCGAUCACACGGACACCGAUUUGCUGUUGUCCAAAACGGCGCGAUUAUCGCAAGCGUGUGACAGAUGUAGAUUGAAGAAAAUCAGGUGUAACGGCGCAAAACCGUCUUGCGAAGCAUGUACCAAAGUUGGGUUUCAGUGCCAGCACAGCGAUAAGCUGUCCCGAAGGGGAACCCCGAAAAAUUAUACUGAGUCACUUGAAAGAGAAGUUGUGCGGCUUCAACAAUCAGUACUUCAAAUUCAGAAGCAGCAAAGUGUCGAUGGUACCAUGCAAACCCACGAGCAAGAGUUGUCUGGGUUGUCAGCGACAGUCGCCGCAAAUCUUAAAUCCAAGGAGCCGCCAGCCUGUGUACCGCACAUGCACCCACGCGACUUCCUGCUUCAACUCCCGUUUAUUAACGACACUUUCCACCUUUAUGACAACUAUGUCACAGAGGAGGGCCGGUUUCUGGGUCAUGCAACGUGGAACAUCCUUACACACACACUUUCCGAUCUUCCAACAGACGCCAUCGGUGAGGAGGAUGCUUGGCUAACACGUUACCUAAUCCAAAAUUUCCAGCUUUCGCCAGAUUGCAUCCCAGUUAUUCUCUUGCAGAAGCAUCAGGAGGAUGCGAUUCUAUGUGGAAAAGAGAUCCAGAAAUGCAUUUCCCAUUUUCUGGAAACUUCGAUGGCCCUGGUUCCCAUUUUGAAUGCUGCCUCGUGGCGCAGUGACCUUACCAGGAUACCCCAUUCUAGAACCGCUCAUCCAGCUGUCUUGCUCGCAUAUUUGUUCAUUUGUCAGUGGCAGUGGUCAUGUUUUAGCGACGAAUCUUUGUUUACAGCUGCAAAGGUCGUUUGCCUUAACUGUACAAGGCCCUUGCUAAGGCUUCAGUGUUUAUUGUUGGGAAGCUUUUAUUUCAUGGGAUCCCCGGCCCGGUCUUUGUUAACAACAUGCUCAACUGCACCGUUCGGUUCACAGCUCUUGAGGCACGCUACUGCGGAAAUAAUAGACUUAGGACUAUAUAUCAACAGCCAUCGUUUGACACCGACGCAGUCCCAUGCCCCAAUCAGUCAUACAGAAAGGUUGACGACUUUUUGGUGUCAUCAAUUUCUGGAUUCCUGGUGGACUUUGAUUCAAGGCGUUCCCAAGACUAACUUUACAAAUGACGAAUUUACUCCGCCGAAUAUAUCGGCUCUCAAAAAUCCUCAAUUGAAGCCAUUCGAGUUGUUAAUAGACUUUGUGGUCGGUUCUCUUGAUGGCUGUAAUUUGCUCAAAGCCCUGUCACCGAGUUCCCAUACCCAUAUGGUGUUGAUGUUAGAGACUUUUCGUAAAAAACUUGUAAAGUACAACCUAUACCAUCGUUUGACUGACCAUGAUGUCCACAGUUUGGCCACCUUUGUGACAAAUAUGACCCAGUCCUUGGCUACAGAAAUUCAAUUGACACUAUAUUACCUUGUUAUCUGCUUGUUGACAAGCCUCAAAGAGUCAGGAGCACCAUCCAGUAAGAAAGUCAAGUUUGCCGUACAUCCAACUCAAUCUUCCCUGUUUAACCAGAAAACCUCAAGUCUGAGAGGAAAAUCCUCAACUUUGAAAAAGCCUUUGAAAUGUCUCAAGGCUCAACAAGAAUACGCAUACGAGAUAAUGUGUCUUUAUUAUCUCACUGUUGUUGAACUGGAUAACUCUAAGAAUAUAGCACCUUCACAGUUAAAGGCAGCCCACCUCAUACCGUGCGACAAUUUCGGAGUUAUAGAAAUUUGUUUGGAAACGCUGGCUAACUGGGCGUCAAAUCAUUACUCCAAAAACGACCCCGAUUAUCCCUUGAUAUAUAAGAAGUGUCAAUGCAUCAUUGAAGCUUGGUGCAGUAUUUGGUACUUUGAUGAGCCCGAAGAUGAAUUAUUCAUUCGAUUGCAAGCUCUUUUUAACAUUUCUCCAAUACAGUUUCCAGCAAGGGCCGGUCAAACUUUCGAUAAACUCCUUUACGUUCAUUCUAUGAAAAUUCAAACAAGACGGUCCUACCCCUUGAAACAGUGUGGCGAAGGCCAAAAUUCGGCUCUAGUGGGGGAGUCUCUCAACCUAUUUGGAGAAAGUAUGGCAACGCGCUUACCAACAACUGAGACGAUAAAUGCUCUUUUCAAUCCUAUGGCGAUGCAGGAAGAGGACGAGGGUUACGCGGAGGAUGAUGAUGAAGAUGAGGAAUCAUUUCUAGAAAUUCCCACUCCUAAGAAAACACAAUCAAAUCAAAAAGUUACUACAAGCAGUGGGCCUUUAGUCCAGCAGGGGUGCUCCACGUCGCUAUUUGACCAACGUCCCCAGGUGGCGAUUAGGCGCUUCUCCGACGGUAGUGUACCAGAUCCCUCCCAUGUCGGAAGCGAUCAUACUCAGGAGGAUAUAGAAUUGAGCUUGCAAAGUAAAGUGGCCCAAAAGUCACCGAAUGACCAUUAUCUAUUAGUUCAAGGAUUUAGAAGGCCCUCCCCCGCGGUUGGUACACCACGCUCUUUAGGCGAUCUCUUGACCCCUGAUCUAAAUGCUCUGCCCCCUCAAAAAUCGAGGGGUGAGUCCAAAGUUUCCAUCAAUUGA